AGGUUAGUCAAUCACAGUUAAACUGUCAAGAACAACCAAUAUUAAAGAUACAAAGUCAAGGAAAGAAUAACAAUUUCCAAAGAUCAAUUUCAUCUACUUUUACAAACACUCCAUUUCAACAACCCAAAAUCAAACAAAAAUGGGGUGGUUAUCCAGAUUUGUAGUAGCACUAUCAUUCUUAGCAAUCGGAAUCAUCUUCUCCCCUGAAACCUUCAAAUCAGACAACCCAGAUUCUUCUUCUCUCUCCUCCAUUCUCAAAUUGUCUCAUCUCCUCUGCUUCUCCACCGCAUGGGGCGCCGCGUUGUGGGCCACCUUCAUCGGCGGCAUCAUCAUGUUCAAGAAUUUGCCAAGGCAUCAAUUUGGGAAUUUGCAGAGUAAGAUGUUUCCAGCGUAUUUUACUUUGGUGGGUGUUUGUUGCGCGGUCUCAACGGCGUCGUUUGGGUAUUUGCAUCCUUGGAAAUCAUCGUCUUCUACUGAGAAGUAUCAGCUAGGAUUUCUGGGUUUUGCGUUUCUAUUUAAUCUUUCCAAUUUGUUGGUGUUUACUCCUAUGACCAUCAAGAUGAUGAAGCAAAGGCACAAGAUAGAGCGAGAGAACAACAUUGGGGAAGAAGUCGGGUGGACGAAGAACAAAGAAGUUGCGAAGAAAAACCCCCAGCUUGCAGCGAUGAACAAGAAGUUUGGGAUGGUCCAUGGCUUGUCUUCUCUCGCUAACCUGCUGUCAUUUGGUUGCCUUGCCAUGCACUCAUGGUAUUUAGCCGUUAAACUUGACCUGUGAUCAGAUCAUGCCAUCUUCCUGUUACAUCUUUUACCCAACUUAGUGGGAACUGUGGAAGAUUAAAGUUUACACAGGGUUUCUCUGUUGUUAAGCCUGUAUUUAUUAAACAUUGAUAACAAACUAUUCAAACUUUCCCCCAGUGUUUCCAACUAUGUAAUCAUGAUGUUGGAUUAUGCAGCUUUCACAAAUUACUGAAGAAAGAUAUGCUCAGUAGUUGCUGCUUAAUCGUUUCUUUGAUACUCUCUCUGUUCAUUAAAUAAUUGCUUCACUUGAUAGGAGCUUUCUAUAGAAAUUGAAUCAAUAAUCAAUAACUAGUUAA